AUGAACGAGCCGUGGCCCGGCGACACCAAUGACCCCGGCAACUACUCCCUCUUCAUGUCUUGGUGGUUCAACUCGCCCGCCGCCGAAAGGGACCUGCUGCUGCCCUUUUACCGGCACGUGGUCGCCGCCAUCCGCGCCGUCAAUAAGCGGCACAUCGUGGCGUACGAGCCGGUCAUGUGGGACGUGUGGUCGUCUGGCUUCUUGGGCGAGCGGCUCGAGCCGGACGAGCCGGACGAGUCGCGCGAGGCCUUCUCGUGGCACUCGUACUGCUGGUGGGCGCCGAACGUGACUCCGCACCUCUCCUUCUUGUGCGCGAUCUACCACCGCCACCUCUUCGCGGUGCAGGACUUCUCGGCCAAGCAGCAGCGCAGCGGCUCGCUGCUCUCCGAGUACGGCUCGCUCGGAUCGACCGGCGCCGACUGCGCGGACCGGCACGGCUCGGCCUGCCUCGCGGAGAUUGCGCGCGCCGGCACCGUCGCCGACGAGUUUCUGGUCUCGCGCUUCUAUUGGCAGUACAAGAACUUCGAGGACCACACGUCGUCCGGCGGCGGCUUCUCCCUCUACCCGAAGGACGGGCUCCUCGCCGAGGAGAAGCUGCGCGUCAUCGCCACGCCGUUCGCGCAGGCCGUCGCAGGGCGGCCGCUGCUCAUGGUGUGGAGCGCCGGGUGGCGAGUGAUGGUCCUCGAGUACGAGGCGGCCGACGCCGACUCGGACGAGGGGCGCACCACCGAGGUCCACCUCGCCGCCCCGCUCCACUUUCCGGACGGGUUUGCCGUUCUCGUGUCGAAGCUGGAGCCGCGCGAGUACCUCGACCAGACGGCUGCUGCGGCGGCGACAGAGAUUGUGAUGACGUGGGCGACGACGGCGGCAGCGCCAGUGAGAGCUCGGACGUCGACUCUGACGACGGUCGUUCAGGCACGGGCCGAUCUGGCCGGUGCCCUGGCGCCUGAGCUGGCUGUACAUCGCUUGGAAGUAUCGACGGCGGCGGUGGCGACACAGAUGAUGGCCCUGGCGGUGGCAGCGAAGUAA